UUUCCCUUUUUUAUAUUCCAUCCCAUGCCUCUCCCUCACGCACUCUCCCCAGAAAAAAAGUUCUCUAAAUUCUAAACCCUGUCUUUAAUUUGCUUUCUUAUAAUAUUUGCUUCCACUUCCAGUCACAUAAAUAAAUUUCUUGUUUAUUUUCUUUAUGGAAAGAAAUGAAAUCCCAUGGGAAUUGAGAUCAUGAGUGCAAUUUCCUCCGAAACGGUUUCCCAUUUCUCCUCUAAUCCUCUUUUUUCUUGCAUUAUCACUCUUUACACUCUGAUUGUCAUCUACUUCCCUUGCGCUCUCAAAAUCUACCUCUCCCCAGUUUUGAUUCUCACUGCCGUUCUCUUGCUCUUUCUCCUUCGCCUCGGCGCCAUCCAGAGACUCCAGAAUCGAAACCCAGAUAGAAACGAGAACGAACAAAACACUGAAAGCAAAGAAAACAACAGGGAUGGAGUUUUAGAUGAACCAGAAAAGUCAGGUUUUUUUGACAAAGUAGACAAAUGGGUCGCAUUCCAAGGUGAAACAGGUAUUGGCCCGAAUCCAGAACCAGAUUUUGAAGGGUCAUUUGUUGAAUGGGACGUGAAGGCACCAUUGGAGGUUAUAUACGAAGCGUACGAAGGUGAAGAAGAUGAAUUAGAGGAUGACAAUGAGAGACACCAGAAUUCUGAACCUACCUGGAGUGCAACUUUAGAGAGGUACCCAUCUUUGUCAAUGUACUAUCCAGAAACGGACUCUGAAACCUCCUCUGAUGGCGGCUUUUCGGCGAGCGGAGAAUGGGAUUCGCCGGAGAGCGUUUGCUUUAGAUGGGAAGAUGAAGAUAGAGCAGGCUUGUUGAUAGAGAUAGCUCUAGAUAGCAAUAGCAAGAAGCACUGGGGUCCGGGUUUUCAGGUUGAAGAAGAUAAUUUAAUAGAGAUUGCUCUAUGAUGCAUCUCCGCCCAAGGCCAUUGCGUUUAACGGUGAAUUGUAAUUAGGCGAGGAAAAGGAGCCGCUCAGUAAAGUACGGUUAAUGAGGAUUAAUAAGGUAAUUAGCGAGCGAAUAUAUAUAAAAGAAUGUUUCCGGUCUCGGGUCUCCGUUCUCGGGUCCGUAUUGGUUGUUCAUCUUGUAUUAAACAAAUGAUUUAAUUACUAAGACUUUAUUUCUUU